AUGUCAAGUGCUGGCCCGGGGCUCGCUAUUAAGCCUGCUGGGGAGCCGCUGUUGCGAACACGUUCCCCAGCCUCUCCGUUGCUACUUGAAACCAAUGAUUCUGUUUUAAAAGUUGGCAGAACUACACCGCAGGCCAUUCGACGCAGUCGUCCCCGUGUGGCAUUUCUGACGCUAGUAGCCAUUGGGACGAUUCUAGGUUUAACGGUGGCAGUGUACUUCUGCAGGCUGAAAAAGAAGAACCACUUCAGCGCGAGAAAAUUUCUUCGCAGGCUAGCCGGCCGCGAAGAAGGAGAGGAGCAGAAUAGCGAGAGGGACCGUUUCGGACGGGACACUUGCGGCAUGAUCGACGCUGUAGAGGGUCUGGUGCCAACACACCUCCUCGAGACGUUACCAUUCGUUCUAGAAACGCCAGAAGAAGGGACUUCCGAUGGUCCACCUAGCAAAAGGCAAAAAUACGGUGACUCUUCUUCUUCUGAAGUUGACUCCGAGGAGACCCCGGCUGUGCCUCCGGUCGAUGACUGGUGGCUUCAGCCAACGGGCUCCGAAACACAGGAAAAAGUGUCAUCGGAUCCGGAAAGUCUGUCUUCGGCCACCAGUUCCUCGCCUCCGUCCCAGCCUAAAGACUUUCUCCCCGAAUUCGCUUGCUUAGAGCAAUUAAGCCCUCUGUUAGAUGAAGACAUGGAGGCGGUCGUGCAGAAAUCAGUACAAGCAUUCGUGGAUUCUGCGUACGUGGAUUCUGUAACUUCUGAGAAUGUCAGCUAUUUGGUGACUGUGGAGGCACCAGACUCGCUUGCUAAUGUCGCGGAACAGUUAGUUUCGAAUGAGGCAGCUCUACGCAAGUUGGUUGAGUUGGUGGAAGGCGAACUAGAAUUAGCCCUAUCACCUGAAAAAGACACUCCUUCGGGGCCGCCCGUCGGUGAAUCAUCUGCUGACCUUAGCAGCAACGAGAAUAUCUCCUCACAUUCGCCUUCGAUUCCACAGCAAAUGGAAACUCCAAGCACUUCCGGUGCGGAGCGAGGCCUAGAGCACGCUGCUCACUCUCAAACGCCAUCUGGAUCAGAGAAACCUGAAGAGGAAGGCAAAACAACACGUGAAACCAUGUCAACUGCCAAGGAAGGCUCUGCCCCUCGUGAAGCAUCAUAUGAAUUCACGUUGGCAGCGGAAUCAUCCUCUCCUGGGGAUACUUCCGAUCUGGAAACCCGUGCUGCGGAGGCCGCACAAGCUGCGGACCCCAAAGAAGUCCCUCCAGAAGGCAGCGCCAAUCUGCUCGAUAUAUUGCGCAAGCCUCAAAGAGUGCUUCCGUGUCCAGAAGCUAAGGAUCAUCCGUAUUACCGGCUCCCAGCGCCCGCGGCAGCCCAUGCAGAAGGUCCGAAGAUGGACAGAUUUGAUGAACAUUUUGUUUUCUGUGUGGCGGAACCAUCGGCAGGAGCUGCAGCAAAGCUUCUACCCAUUCGCCAGAUUUUGCUGAAGUCUGAGGUGAAUGAAGUGGAUGUGAGGCAUCUCGUGCAUCACGGCGAACAGCUUGUAGCCUAUGCUUUCAAGUACUUGACAAAAGACCUGAGAAAAAAAUCUAUGUAUCGCGCGAGGGAGCAAUUGUGUCGUCGAGUUCUCGUGGCAGAUGCCUUGUGGGGUGUCUGCCAAGUCGUAGGCUCUCCAAUGAAAAGGGAGGUUUGGUGGGAUACACUCAUGGUAAAGAUGGCAGGUACCCCACGUGACAGGAACCAGCCGAGAAACGCUCAGAGAAAUCCGUUCGUGAGGGACCUCGUUGAGGCAUUGCAAUCGUAUAGAGAGGGAACCCGACCAAAACCAGAGACAGUAGUAAAGCUGAAGCGGGCAAUGUUCCAGGCUCCCUGCACUGUGGAGGAGUUUAGAAGCCCCUUGUGGGACCCGUGGAGACAAGACGACAAGUUUUACGGAAAGCCGUCUUAA